ACGGCUUUAUUGUGUGUUUCGUUGUGCAAAAGGGGCGAACUUGUGGCUCCUUCUUUGAUCUCCUACCAUUGGCCUGGGAUGAAACGAUAGCUUUGGAUUUAUGGCUGUAGAUUUGUCAUCGACUCAUCACAAUGUCCAUUCGCAGUAAAAGAACAUUUUGGAUGGAACAAAGUCCAGAUAAUGAAAGUUUUCGUGAGAAACGAGCACGCCUCAGCAGUGAUGAAGAAGAGGAUCGACGGAGCAGUAAAAUGAGUCCUAAUGGUCUGCGGAGUCCAACGUUUGGCUCACAGCACAAUAAACCUGCUGAAUUGUUCCGGAAAGAUCUUAUAAGUGCCAUGAAAUUGGCUGAUUCUGAUCCUCUCCAACCUGAAGAAUACUUCGAGAUUGCUGACCCUUGGCGCCAGGAAUGGGAGAAAGGGGUUCAGGUACCAGUGAACCCUACCAGCAUUCCAGAGAUAAAUGUCAGAGUUUUGCGAGAGAAACCCAAAUCUGGCGACUUCAAAAUCCCUCGCAACCCGCGUAAACUGCUGCACGCCACCCAGGACGAGAACUACAGGCAGAGCAUCCAUGAGCUGACGGGCAUGCAGCAACUGGCAGAACAGGUGGUCCGUUACGACCUGGACGAUAUCGAUGUGUGUUGGCUGACGAAGGUGAAUGAAGAACGGGAAGAAAUGGGUGAUACUUUGAUAGACGAAUGGAUUAUGGAAAGGAUUAUUGAAGAAUUAGAAAACCAGUGCCACGAUACAAUGCAGCAGACCAUAAAGACCGAAGAAGGUCUUGGUAUUGAGUACGAUGAAGAUGUCACAUGUGAUGUGUGUCAUUCACCUGAUAGUGAAGAGAACAAUGAAAUGGUUUUCUGUGAUGGCUGUGAUAUUUGUGUCCACCAGGCCUGUUAUGGUAUACAAGCAAUACCUGAAGGCAGUUGGCUAUGUAGACCUUGUUCCCUAGGGGUCAAACCUGUCUGUAUUCUGUGCCCAAAUACAAACGGAGCUAUGAAGAGUACCCGAAGCGGUACCAAAUGGGCACACGUGAACUGUUCUCUGUGGAUACCGGAGGUUAGCAUUGGCUGCGUUGAACGGAUGGAACCAAUAACUAAAAUAUCACAGAUUCCGCCAAGUCGUUGGGCAUUAGUGUGUUGUCUAUGCAAGGAGCGCGUUGGAGCAUGCAUUCAGUGCUCAGUGAAAACCUGCAAGACAGCCUUCCAUGUUACCUGUGCUUUCAACAACAACCUGGAGAUGCGAACGAUAUUGGAUGAAUCUGAUGUGGAGAGCGGAGUAAAAUUAAAGGCAUAUUGUCCUAAACACAGUAAAAAACGUGAACGCAGCCAAGCCGAUUCCGAGUUGGAAUCUCCCAGAAAAGAGAUUGUAAACUGUCGUAAGGAACUCUCUGUAGAGGAGAAAGCCAAUAUGCGGGCUUCAAGACUAACUCAGCUUGACGAGGAGUUUUACACUCUGGUCAAUGUGCGGGAAGUCUCUACAAAGUUCAACAUUGACUACGAUGUUGUGGAUUUGGUGUAUGUCUACUGGAAGUUGAAGCGAAAGGCCAAUUAUGACCGGCCCCUAUUGACACCUAAGCGAGAUGAGGCAAGUCUCCUGGAGAGACAACAAGAAGAUAGUCUUGCAGCUCGCAUGAAGAUGUUUGUCCAUCUACGCCAGGAUCUUGAAAGGGUUCGUAACCUGUGUUAUAUGGUGAGUCGCCGGGAGAAGAUGAAGCGUCACUAUUACCGAGUGAAGGAGAGUGUGUUUCAAGCCCAAGUGGAACUACUCACCAGUGACAAACAACUGAUGACCUCGCGGGAGGUGAACAAGAUCCUUGCCAAAUAUGAAGACAACAGCAUCUAUAACGUGUUCCUUAUGCAAGACCACGACCCCGACACGACAGUCCUGUCCGACUGGGGCAUAUCACGGGUAGGCUACGAAGACUUCAUCAAGCGCCACUUGUCCUUUGGCGCCUCCGACAGCAAACACCAGUCGGUCUACCGUAGCCCGCAGCGGACGCCGAUGUCCGUGAAAGGGUGCGUGCGGAAGAAGGCGCGCCAAUCUCCGUCCAGCGAGAACAGUAAACGAGAAGGGAUGCCGAAGUAUGACAUUAAGAAGUUGAUCCCUCACAAGAACAAGGAGAAUGCAAAGUCUGAUGAUGACGAUGAUGAGAGCCAGGGGUCCGGGGACAACGACGCCCCGGAGAACUUGCUCCCGAAACGGCAACCGACAAAGAAAAUGAUUAAGAGAACAAUCGGCCCUUGUCGGAAUGUUUUGAAGGAUCGCAAGUGUUCCCUGCUGACGACGCCGAACAAGACGAGCAGCGGUCGGAAGAGCAAAUUGAAGAGCAUCAUCAAAGUUCAUAAGUUAAAAUUUGAAAAAAAAGCCCUAAAAAAGAAGCUGGCCGAUAAAUUCAGCCACAACCAGCAUUUGUCGCAGAGAUAUCCGAAGUUCAAGAUGAUCGACUAUCCGAUAUCGAAUGUGAAGGUCGAGAAAACGGAAGCUAACGAAAACAAGGACAAAUCGAACGUAUUGCUGGAUGUGAGUGUCCACCAAAACAAGGGUGGCCCCGUUUUGAGCUUGAAACAAAGGCGCCGGUUCGGUCAUCACAAGAUGAAGCGGGAGAACUCGCAGCAGACUGAUGACGUCCCGAGCCAGGACUCUGACGACGAUGAACUGACUCGGUACACCGUCACACCUUUGAAAGCGACCGGCCACGUUUCGGAACGCAUCAAGGCUGAAUUGCAUGGUCUGUUGGAGAAAUCUAAGCUGUUGGUGCCUGAGAAAUUGAGGGAGAAUCUACAGGAUAAGUUAUUGCAAUCCAAGAAGAUUCAGUGCUUCAUGAGUAAUUUACAAAAGAACUGCCAUCCUCCCGAUUACAAUUCCUCUUAUUGGAGGUUUGCCAAAAUGACGCGGAAGCACAUCCAAGACUACCUCGCUGAUGAUUGCUCUGCUCUCGAGAACCAGGAAAACGGCACCGCCUCCUCUGUCUUCGACCGGUUGUCUUCGGGCCUCUUCAAAUACGUUCACGACGAUUGGUACGAGGGGGCCCACAACAGCGGCGUGGGCGCCGCGGACGACUACAAGGCUCCGAAGUACGUUCCGACGUCCAACGGCAAGCAGACGCGGCUGUUGGGGGGCGAGGAACGACAUCGACAUCAUCAUCAGCAGCAGCAACAACAACAGAGGCAUUUGAACAACUCUGAUCACAGUAAAACCUGUCCAAGGUUGUCACUCGAGCGUCGAGUACGACGGAAGCUAAGCCACGAUUUGGACGCUUGCCGGGUGAGUGACCCCUUGGUUAAUUGCACUCCACUGCAGGAGAAUUCAUCUGAAACUCAAGCUGACAUUGUGAGUAGUAGCACUAGUAAUAAUAAUAAUAACAAUAACAAUAAUAACAACAACAAUAAUAAUAAUAAUAAUAACACUGACACAUUUAAAACUGGUCGACAAGCGACGCAGCCGCAUGAGGGACCACACGAUGACGAAGACUCUGAGAAUAUUGACCACAGUAUAUAUGUUGACUCUUUCAGGCGACUCUCCGCGAUUCCACGGCGAAUCACUCGCAGCCUCACCACCGAAUGGAACGGUGAUGACGGCGGCGGUGGCGAAAGCAGCGGCAAGUCAUCUUCAUCGAAGCAGUUCCCCAAAUCGAAGCCGGCCGAAGUAGGCAGGAGUUACCGCUCGCUGUCCACUUCCAGCUGAAGUAUAACUCUGUAUGUAUGUACGUACGUAUGAAGUAAUACCACCGUCAUCGGUUUUUUGGGUAUGUUUUUUGUUGGUGUUGGUGUUGGUACUGGAAUAUGACCAAAUGGUCCCGGUUUCACUUCUGGCACUUGUCUUCUGCCAUACCCUGGGGUGUGUUCGGGCCAUAGCGUCUAUA